UCUGCUGACAGUGGAGUAUGUGAAGAAUGAUGUUGAAAUUUCAGUGGAAGAAGGCAAAGAAACCGUCCUCCGUGUGUCUGAGCAUGUUUCGUUUACCGAUGUGAAUUCAAUAGCUCGUUAUCUGGCUAGAGUUGCUGGUUCUGCUGGGUUGUAUGGUUCAAAUCUGUUGGAACACACUGAGAUUGACCACUGGCUGGAGUUCAGUGCCACAAAGUUAUCCACUGCCAACCAGUUUCUUUCAGCAGUCCAAGAGCUCAACCACUGUCUGUCUCUACGAACUUACUUGGUUGGAAACUCUCUGAGUCUCGCAGACUUAUGUGUCUGGGCUGUACUAAAAGAUAAUAACAUAUGGCAAGAGCAAUUGCAGCAAAACAAAGCCCCUGUCCAUGCCAAGCGGUGGUAUGGCUUUCUUGAGGUACAGCGUGCUUUUCAGGCAGUAGGAGCCAAGUGGGCUUCUGGUACACCAAAGGUUAAAAUGGCAACAGAAAAGAAAUCAGAUGUUGGGAAGUUUGUUGAGCUUCCUGGUGCAGAGAUGGGAAAAGUCAUUGUAAGGUUUCCUCCUGAAGCAAGUGGAUAUCUGCAUAUCGGUCAUGCCAAAGCCGCUCUGCUAAAUCAGCACUACCAAGUUAACUUUAAAGGAAAACUCAUUAUGAGAUUUGAUGACACAAAUCCAGAAAAAGAGAAGGAAGACUUUGAAAAGGUUAUUCUUGAAGAUGUGGCAAUGCUGCACAUCAAACCAGAUCAAUUUACAUAUACCUCAGAUCACUUUGAAACAAUAAUGAAAUAUGCUGAGAAGCUUAUUCAAGAAGGGAAGGCAUAUGUGGAUGAUACUCCUGCAGAACAAAUGAAAGCAGAGCGGGAGCAGAGAGUGGAAUCUAAACACAGAAAUAACUGUGUCAAUAAGAAUCUGCAAAUGUGGGAAGAAAUGAAAAAGGGAACAGAAUAUGGACAAACUUGUUGUCUACGAGCAAAAAUAGAUAUGAGUAGUAACAAUGGAUGUAUGAGGGAUCCAACUCUUUAUCGUUGUAAAAACCAGCCUCACCCACGUACUGGAAGUACCUACAAAGUUUAUCCCACGUACGAUUUUGCCUGCCCCAUUGUUGACAGUAUCGAAGGUGUCACACAUGCAUUGAGGACAACUGAAUACCACGACAGAGACGAACAAUUCUACUGGAUCAUUGAGGCACUGGGCAUAAGGAAACCAUAUAUAUGGGAGUACAGCCGGCUAAACCUCAACAACACUGUGCUCUCCAAGAGAAAACUUACAUGGUUUGUCAACGAAGGGCUUGUGGAUGGCUGGGAUGACCCAAGGUUUCCCACCGUGCGUGGUGUCCUAAGAAGAGGCAUGACAGUUGAAGGGCUAAAACAAUUCAUUGCUGCUCAGGGCUCCUCUAGAUCUGUCGUGAAUAUGGAGUGGGAUAAAAUUUGGUCCUUUAACAAAAAGGUUAUAGACCCAGUAGCACCUCGGUACACUGCUUUACUGAAAGAUGCAGUGGUCCCUGUAAAUAUUCCUGAAGCUCAAGAGGAGAUGAAAGAAGUGGCUAAACAUCCAAAGAAUGCCGAUGUUGGGUUGAAACCUGUGUGGUACGGCUCCAGAGUCCUGAUCGAGGGUGCAGAUGCAGAGACCCUGACAGAGGGCGAGGUGGUUACGUUCAUAAAUUGGGGCAAUAUUAUCAUCACCAAAUUAAACAGAAAUUCAAGUGGAAAAAUUGUGUCCAUUGAUGCCAAGUUGAACUUGGAGAAUAAAGAUUUCAAAAAAACAACUAAGAUCACUUGGUUAGCAGAAACUCCACGUGCACCGCUCAUCCCAACUGUCUGUGUUAAUUAUGAGCAUCUGAUUACUAAGCCAGUUCUAGGUAAAGAUGAAGACUUCAAGCAAUAUAUCAACCAAAAUAGCAAGCAAGAAGAACUGAUGUUAGGUGAUCCAUGCCUUAGGGAGCUAAAAAAAGGGGACAUUAUACAACUGCAGAGGAGAGGAUUCUUUAUUUGUGAUCAGCCCUAUGAGCCAGUGAGUCCUUACAGCUGUAAAGAUGCCCCGUGCAUUUUGAUUUACAUCCCUGAUGGACAUACUAAAGAAAUGCCAACAUCUGGGUCAAAAGAGAAGACCAAAGCUGAAACUGCAAAGAAAGAGGCUAGUUCAGCUGUAAAAGGAAAAUCUGCUCUGCUUAUUGGUGAUACCUCUACUGGAACCUGUACUGUAUCUGAAGAUCACCUGGUCAUUUACAACAGGGUGUCUGCACAAGGUGAUAUAGUUCGUGACUUGAAAGCUAAGAAGGCAGCAAAGGAAGAUAUUGAUAAAGCUGUGAAACAGUUGCUGGCCUUGAAAGCAGAAUACAAAGAGAAGACGGGCCAGGAUUAUAAGCCUGGAAAUCCUCCAGUAUCUGUAACUGAACAGUCUUCAAAGGCGGAGACCUCUGGUACCCUCGACAGUAAAGCUCUAUAUGAUAAAGUAGCAGAGCAAGGAGAAGUGGUCCGAAAACUGAAAGCUGAGAAAGCACCUAAGGAUGAGAUAGGUGCUGCUGUGGAAGUCCUUUUAGCCCUAAAGGCAGAAUAUAAACAACAGACAGGCCAGGAGUACAAACCCGGAAGCCCACCGGUGGUCUCUGUCCAUCCUCAGUCUUCUCCUCUUUCUACUCUUCCGCCCGCAUGUCCAGCAGACAGCAAAUCUCUGUACAACAAAGUAGCUGAACAAGGCGAAGUGGUCCGCAAACUUAAGUCGGAGAAAGCUUCAAAGGAGCAAAUAGAUGAGGCUGUGAAAAUCCUUCUAGGUCUAAAAGCAGAAUAUAAACAAAAGACAGGCCAAGAGUACAAGCCUGGAAAUCCACCUUCAGCUCCUUCUUGUAUACCUUCUGCUACACUUCCAUCUUCUGUAUGCUGCAGUAACUUGGCACCCUGUAGCUUAGUGGAUGGCAAAGCACUUUACGAUAACGUAGCUGAACAAGGGGAAGUGGUACGCAGACUCAAAGCAGAGAAAGCUUCCAAGGAUGCAAUAGAUGAAGCAGUAAAACUCCUUCUUUCUCUAAAAGCUGACUACAAGGAAAAGACUGGGCAGGACUACAAGCCAGGACAUCCACCAGUAGCUCAAGGUGCUUUGCCUCAGGGAUCAAACACAGUACCCAGUGGUCCAGACACGACUGAAGCUAAAGCCCUGUUUAGCAAAGUAGCUCUUCAAGGAGAUGAAGUUAGGAAACUGAAAGCAGAAAAAGCAGAAAAGGAAAAGAUAGAUGCAGCUGUUAAGGAACUGCUUCAGUUGAAAGCCCAGUAUAAGUCUGUUGCAGGAGUUGACUAUAAACCAGUUUCUGCUAGUGGUGCUGAUGACAGAGACAAGAAGAAGAAAGAAAAAGAGAACAAGUCUGAAAAGCAGAGUAAGCAACAGAAGCAAAAUGAUGGCCCAAAAAAAGAACCUUUGCAAGGACAGAGUGGUAAUGAGCUCUCCUCAAGUGGAUCAGGAGAGGGUCAAGGCCCUAAGAAACAGACCAGGCUGGGUCUAGAAGCUAAGAAAGAAGAAAAUCUUGCAGACUGGUUCUCUCAGGUGAUCACAAAAGCAGAGAUGAUUGAAUACUAUGAUGUGAGUGGCUGUUACGUUCUUCGUCCUUGGGCUUAUGCUAUUUGGGAAGCUAUCAAAAACUUCUUCGAUGCAGAGAUCAAGAAACUUGGAGUGGAAAACUGUUACUUCCCCAUGUUUGUGUCCCAGGCAGCUCUAGAGAAAGAGAAGACACAUAUUGCUGACUUUGCUCCAGAGGUUGCUUGGGUCACAAAAUCCGGGAAAACGGAUCUGGCUGAACCAAUUGCUAUACGUCCCACAAGUGAAACAGUCAUAUAUCCUACCUAUGCAAAGUGGGUGCAGUCACACCGGGAUCUUGCGAUCAAGCUUAAUCAGUGGUGCAAUGUUGUGCGCUGGGAGUUCAAACAUCCCCAACCUUUCCUUCGCACUCGUGAGUUCCUCUGGCAAGAGGGUCACACAGCAUUUGCAACAUAUGAAGAAGCAGCAGAGGAG